AUGCGUGAAGUCAUCAGUCUGAACGUCGGCCAAGCCGGUUGCCAGAUCGCCAACAGCUGCUGGGAGCUGUACUGCCUUGAGCACGGCAUCCAGCCUGACGGCUACCUCACCGACGAGCGCAAGGCGGCCGAGGACGACCAUGGAUUCUCUACCUUCUUCUCCGAGACUGGCCAGGGCAAGUACGUCCCACGCACCAUCUACUGCGAUCUCGAGCCCAACGUUAUCGACGAGGUCCGCACCGGCACCUACCGCAGCCUCUUCCACCCUGAGCAGAUGAUCUCUGGCAAGGAGGAUGCCUCAAACAACUACGCACGUGGCCACUACACUGUCGGCAAGGAGCUCAUCGACCAAGUGCUGGACAAGGUUAGGCGUGUGGCGGACAACUGCUCUGGUCUCCAGGGCUUCCUCGUGUUCCACAGCUUCGGCGGUGGCACUGGGUCCGGCUUCGGUGCGCUGUUGAUGGAGCGUCUGUCGGUCGACUACGGCAAGAAGUGCAAGCUGGAGUUCUGCGUCUACCCAGCUCCUCAGGUCGCCACGUCCGUCGUUGAGCCGUACAACUCCAUCCUCACCACCCACACCACCCUCGAGCACAGCGACUGCUCGUUCAUGGUCGACAAUGACGCUAUCUACGACAUCUGCCGCCGCAACCUCGGUCUGGAGCGACCAAACUACGAGAACCUUAACCGCCUGAUUGCUCAGGUCGUCUCCUCCAUCACCGCCUCUCUCCGCUUUGACGGCUCGCUCAACGUCGACUUGAACGAGUUCCAGACCAACCUCGUCCCGUACCCACGCAUCCACUUCCCUCUCGUCGCCUACGCACCAAUCGUCUCUGCGGCCAAGGCUGCCCACGAGGCCAACAGCGUGCAGGAGAUCUCCAUGUCGUGCUUCGAGCCAAACAGCCAGAUGGUGAAGUGCGACCCGCGCAACGGCAAGUACAUGGCGACUUGCUUGCUCUACCGUGGUGACGUCGUCCCGGUGGAUGUCCAGCAGGCCGUGGCCACUCUCAAGACCAAGCGCACCAUUCAGUUCGUCGACUGGUGCCCGACUGGCUUCAAGAUCGGUAUCUGCUACCAGCCGCCACAGAUGGUCCCCAACGGCGAUCUCGCAAAGGUCAACCGCGCCGUGUGCAUGCUGUCCAACACCACCGCCAUCGCCGAGGCAUGGGCUUCGCUCUCGCACAAGUUCGAUCUUAUGUACAGCAAGCGCGCCUUCGUCCACUGGUACGUCGGUGAGGGUAUGGAGGAGGGUGAGUUCUCUGAGGCUCGCGAGGACCUGGCUGCACUCGAGCGUGACUACGAAGAGGUUGCUGCCGACUCUGCCGAGGGCGACGACGGUGCUGAGGCGGAGUACUAG